AUGGAGCAGGAAGAGGGACAGGAAGCCUCGAGCGUGCGUGGGACAACUGCUGCUUCCAUCCAGGAUGACCUGAAAUCCGAAGGCAGCCACGAUCCCCCAGAGACUAGUACUCCCCUACCAACUUUAGAUCCAAAACCCAGCCACACGUUGCUUCACCUUGUGAGCCCUACUAAGGAUGAGGACCAAGCGGACAUUGAUAUUAUCGCCAUACCUGGUCUCGAUACGAGAUCGCCAGAAACCUGGACCUGGAAGCCGCGUAAUAAAGGCCGACUUAGCCGAGCCCUCACGGAACUCAUUGAUAGUCUGGUGGAUGCAACCUCUGCCUGCCUCGACAUCGUUUCACAUCCCCUUAGUCUUACCGUGCCCCAUGUCCUUAUGAACAAGUUCCCGAGUCCGGAUGACCCUAAUUAUCAGCUAGUCUCUGAGAAGAUUCGGUGGAUGCUUCUCACCAUCCGUGGAUUCUCAUCACCUAACGCCGCCGAUAAUUAUAUACGCGAAAGGCACUAUACUCCAGAGAGACUCCAGAUAGAGCGUAUCUCGGGCGACUGUUUGCCAAUGGACACGUGCUAUAUCAAUCUUGCUCUCAUCCAGCACAGUGACCCAUUGAAAGGAGCGAGGGAUGAAAGCGACAUGCCCAAGUCAUCUCCGUUCUCAUAUACUUCUCGGCUCAUGAUCGAGACUCCAGACAAAAGUCGACACAUGGAGUUAGCCAAAUCUUCUGGGCAUUUUCAGUCGACCAGGAAGCCCGACCUAGAGCUAGAGACAGUCGGAUUUCAGCGAGAGCAAGUCAAUGACUAUCUUGAAGCCACCAUGCCUGACGCGCCCGACAAGGUAAAGGUGAAGGAUAUGAAACUAUUUCUAACGAGAAAUCCACUACUCCACGGCCUUGUUCGGAUUCCGAUUCAACUCGACGCAUUCUGCUUUACCUGGGACGAAAGCUCCGAUAUGGAGGAUUCCCCGCAAACCAUGACUGACGUUUACUGUGCCAUUGAGAACAAGUUGUGGAAGAAAGACAUCCCUCGCCUUGGCCUUGGAGGAGAUCUCUGCGCCAAAACCCACGAGGCCCUCAGGCCUCAUGACUUUCUACAGAGACACAAGUACAACUCGCGAUACGAUAUUUUCUGGCGCUUUGUAUCUGGGUUGCUAUACCUUGGCCUAGAGAAGGAUUACCUAUCCUUCUUUAAGGCGCUUGAGCAAGAGCCCGUCGACCUUUUAGGGCCCUCGCACCAGAGGUUGAUCAUGCACUGCCUCAAUGAAGCUGGUCAAAGGACAGGCCAGCGAGGUGAGGUGAGCAAACUCCGAGCCAAGUUAGAAGAGAGGUUAUUGCAAUGGCUCUACUUGGAAUGCAACUAUACUGGCAAAACAUACCUCGCAAGAGAAACGGAGUUUCCCAACAAAGUUCUAGAGAGAGCUCUCAAAGAGGGUUCUCGAGACCAAAGACGAAUCACCGUAGAGGCCCUCCGGUAUCGAGCUUACUUGUCAGAGCUAUUGGAGGGCAUGCUUAUGGCGCUGCUUCAGGAUACAGACCUACAAUGGAACGAUAAAAACGUGAUCAUUUCUCUGCUCCAGAAACAACCAAAUCUCUCGGAGGCCACAGUGAAUUUGCUUCUCGAACUGAUGAAAGAUGAGGAUGGAUAUGAGGAUGGAUAUUCUAAGGCUGCAAAGAUAGCUGCUGAAGUGCUCACCCGAUCGAACCUCCCAGCGACUGCAGUGAACCAGCUCUUGGCGAUGCUCGAGGACGCGGGUUCGAAGGUGCAGGAGCAAGCUAUUAAGAUGCUCGCAAUCCAAUCGGGCCUAACGCAGUUUGCAGACGCCAAGUUAAGAGCGUUGCUAGCUACGAACCCUCGCAUUUUAGGUUCUAUGUUAAAGGAUCGGUGGUUCCGAUUCAGCACACUUCUGAAGGAGCUCAAGAAGCCGCUACCUUAG